AUGGUCUUGCAGCAGGUACUCUAUCUGCAGCCUGCAGCUGUCGCCGAUUUCGCUAAAGUCCGGACUGGCUGUGUUUUUCCGGCCUUGGAGAAGCUCGCCAAGGUCAAACAUAGCAAGAACUUUGAAGGAGCCUUAUUUGGUCGGCUAAAGAGAGAGUCUCAGUUGCCUGCACCUACAGAAGUCAACAUUCCGUUGCAAGGAGUUCCCGACGACAAGGUCAGCAGCAGAGUCAUGCUACCUCACGAAAUAUUGCAUGCCAUGUAUCACAGCGAAGCAGGUUGGGAGCUGUGCAUUUUGCCAGACCCCAACCAGCUCCGGAAGUUCUGGGCCGACUUCCAGCACCACCCCUGCAUGCAAAACCACCCCUUGCUCGCCAAGAGCGAUUUUUCUGAGAAAGCAAUACCCCUCUCCCUCCACGGGGACGAAGUCCCCGUGGUGGGGGUGGGGAAGAUCUGGUGUCAUAGUGUCCUCCAAUUCUCCUGGAACUCGCUCAUGGCUACAGCAGCUGGCCGGUCUGCUGGUGACACACAGCUGUUUAUUUGGGGGGUGUUCGAAAAAUUCACAGUGGAUGGUACACUUCCGUUCUUUCUCAAUCUCCUCAAGUGGUCCUUCCAGAUAUGCUUUGAGGGGAAAUGGCCCAAGAAAGACUGGAGGGGGCUGGCGUACCCUCCAAACAGUCCAGAGGGUCGCCGGGCAGGCAAACUGCUGUGUGGUGGGUACUAUGCUGUUUUAGUCCAGCUCAAUGGAGACUUGGAUUAUUACUGCAAGUGGCUGGGGCUGCCAAGGUGGUCGAACCACACAAAACCCUGUGCACUCUGCAAAGCUGCUUAUCGUGGUGCAAAUUCGUGGUUGGACAAUCGCUCGUCGUCGGCAUGGCAAACAACCAUGUUGACUGUCCACACUUGGAAGGAGCACUGGGCGACAGAGUGUGCAUUGUUUGGGCCGCCAUUGGGUCUCAAUGGUUUGUGCUGCUCCAUGGACUUCAUGCACUGUCAUUUCCUUGGCUGGUUGCAGUACUUUUAUGGCAGCACACUGUCCAUUCUUGUCAACGACUGCCUGCCCGAUAGCCCCAUCCAGAACUUGCUUUGGGUCGGCCGUUACAUCAAAAAAACUCAGAGAGACCGUGACAAGAAGUUUAAACAAAGGCUGCAGAAGCUGACAAUGUUCCAACCCAAGAAAGGCUUUCCCAAACUCCGGGGCCGUGCUGCAGACAUUCAGAGUUUAGCCUCUGCUAUGCUGGCUCUGUUUUCGGAGAAGAUGGAUGCCGACAACAGGCAGCAUCGGGAGAUUCGCCUUUUCCUCAGCCUGAACAACGAGCUCGACGAUACCCUGGACCAAUUUUCGCCUUCGUCUGGUUUUAUGGCAGUCCCUGCAUGGCAAGCAGAGAAGCUUUUCCGAACUGGCCUGCAAAUGGCCCAGAUUCAUGCACGAUUGAUGGAUUACUACAAGGGAGAGGGCCGAAAGCUUUUUAACAUGACCAGCAAGACACACUUCGUUCUCCACUGCUUGCAUCUGUCGAAGUACAUACACCCGAAAAUGACAUGGUGUUACAAAGGGGAGACAACGAUGCACAGGCUUCAAAUUUUAUGGAAAAGCUGCCUUGCAGGCAGCAAGCAUUGGCAAGUGGGCCGGAAGGCUGUGAUCAAGGAGAGGUACAGGCUUUGGCAUCGGCGAAAGCUCCGACCCGUUGCUUGA